AUGCACCUCCAAACCUCCGAGGGCUCAGGCCCGCAAGUCACGCCCUUUGGCGUCGACACCGAAAUCUCGUACAAGCCGAAGUCGACUGCCCUCCCCUUUGGCCAGGACAUUGCACUCUCGGAAGUCUCUGGGCCUACUUACUUGACUGCCCAGACACUCGUCCAGCAAGUCGCCUACGCUCUGUCCGACAAGCUAUUUUCUUACUCACCUGAAACGUUCGACCUCGAUAUUGCGGCCAAGUCAUGGCAGUGGGCUGGCGAGAAAAAUGCUCACGGCGAGGUGACGGGUGUGCAGGCAAUGCAGACUCGUCUCGGUGCCGGAAAUAUCGCAUUGGGAUAUAUGUUUUCACCGGACUUCGAUCUGAGCAAACGCAAUGUCCCGCAGAGCAUCAUUGCGAGCUCGGCUAGUCUUCAGCAUCUUCGUCCGGCAUUGGAUCAGCUGAGUCUGCUGUACGAUGUCGCGAACCCUACUGCUUUGCAAAUCGCCGCUGUGGACUAUGCGGCUGCUACCAAGAGUGGCCUCGUGACAGAUUACUGCAAUCCUUUCGCAUUAGCCGAGGAAUUGGGCAUGGGUAUGGUUGGGAGCAGGAGUGCGUUUGAGGUGCAGCAUAUGAGUUUGUUGUCCACACUCAUGGCCAGCGUGGUGCCGAGUAUGCAUGUCUAUGAUGGUAUCACUGUUGGCAGAGAGACUACGAGAGUGGUGGAUGUGCUCAAUGUGGCUGGGUUGAAGAGAACGUAUGAUGCUGUCUUGGAUGUUAUCAAGGAGGAUCUGGUAUCGAAGAGGCUGACGGCUGAGGGCAAGUUGUCUAAGCUGAUGAUGGCCUUCAACGCCGAGUUGGGCACGGAGUACAAGUGCUUUGAAUAUCACGGCCACGCCAACCCAACUGCGGUCAUGGUGGUCUUCGGCACGGUCGAGGCCAGCUUGUCCGCUCAGGUCGCCGACGCACUGGCACAGCAGGGCGUGGCCGUCGGAGUCAUCAAUGUCCGAGUCUAUCGGCCGUUUGCAGAGGAAGAGUUUCUGGAAGCACUCGCACCAUCCAUUCAGCAGAUUACUGUCCUUGGUCAGGUCAAGGAUCAAGCUGGUGUAACGGACAGCAGUAUCACCAGCAGCCUUUACGCUGAUGUGGUCGCUGCUGUAUCGUUCCAAAGCUUGUCUGGAAGUGGCAAGGAGCCAAACGUGUACGACAUCAAGUACGCACGCGAGACGGUCUGGACUGUGGCUAAGAUGGAGGCACUUCUUCGCCAGCUGGGCAGCAAGCAAGGCGAGAGCGCUGAGCAAUUCCCGGCGCUGCAGCUUACGGGCUCAGAGACGAAGCAAUACAGCUUCUGGGACGUCGACGCCAAUCAGAGCGCCACCGCACCACUUAUGUUAGCUGAGCUGCUCUCGAACAACAGCUCCUUGAAUGUCACUGCGCGCAGUGGACGCGAUAAUCUUGUACAAGGAGGCGUCGUCCGCACAGACCUAAGAUGCUCGCCAAAGAGCAUUGAGUCUGCUUACAGUGUCAAGGAAGCCGACGUGGCUGUGAUCGCAGAGCAGAAGUUGUUGAAGGACUAUUCUGUGCUAGCUGGCUUGAAGGAGGGUGGCACUCUGCUUCUCGUAUCGCCUAACUGGAAGGAAGAGGAUGUUGAGAAGAAUCUCACUACACCAGCCAGGAAGGCUAUCGCUUCGCGGAAGAUCAACUUGUUUGUCCUCGACCCAGCUGCAAGCGCUAAGACUACUGAGCAGCCCGAGUUGCAGAGCUAUCUUCUACAGCUCGCUUUCUUGAAGAUUGCUCAGCCAAGCGUAUACGAGACUGGGUUGAAGAAGUUGCAGGCUAGUGGCGAUGAUCUCGACACACUUGCGAAAGAUCUUGAUGCGGCAUUGAAGAACGUUGAGAUUCCAGAGAGCUGGCUCACGCUUGAGCCCGAGGAGAAUGUGCCAAUCGCACAAUCCGACGACCUCAACUACAACAGCUUCUCCGACUUUCAGCUCGACGAGCUUGAGGCACCAACGUUCCUGCGCAAGUGGUCCACAGCAGCGAAGGGUCUUGCUUUCAAGGAGGCCUACGGGACCGCUACAGCUCUCCGCCCAGAUCUAGGAAUCAAGACGGCUGUCGUCACAGUCAUGGAACAUCGCCGACUCACGUCACCAGACUAUGACCGCAACAUCUUCCACAUCGAGUUCGACCUUGGCACUACAGGUCUCAAGUACGAGAUCGGUGAGGCUUUGGGCAUCCAUGCUGAGAACGACAAGGAAGAAGUUGAGGAGUUCAUCAAGUGGUAUGGUCUUGACGCUGGCGAGAUCGUGGAAGUUCCCACGCGUGAUGAUACCUCCAUCCUGGAGAACCGAACGGUAUACCAAGCCCUAAUGCAGAACGUCGACAUCUUCGGUCGACCACCAAAGCGUUUCUACGAAGCACUCUCCGAUUUCGCGAGCGAUGAGAGGGAGAAGCAGAAUCUACUUUUACUCGGUACAGGUGGCAACCAGGAAUCUGUCGUGGAGUUCAAGCGCCGCGCCGAAGUCGACACCGUCACCUUCGCUGACAUCUUACUCGAAUACCCCUCCGCCCACCCUUCCUUCCACGACAUUGUCCGCAUCGUUAACCCAAUGAAACGUCGCGAGUACUCUGUCGCAUCUUCGCAGAAGGUGACGCCGAACAGCAUCUCCCUCCUUAUCGUCACAGUCAACUGGGUCGAUCCCAAGGGACGCGAUCGCUUUGGUCAAGCUACACGAUACCUCGACACCCUACCCCUCGGCGCCAAAGUCACAGUCUCUAUCAAGCCAUCGGUCAUGAAAUUGCCGCCUAAGACUACAGCGCCAAUCAUCAUGGCUGGUCUCGGAACAGGUCUUGCACCCUUCCGCGCUUUUGUGCAGGAACGGGCGUGGCAGAAGGAGCAGGGGAUGCCUAUCGGCGAUGUAUUCCUGUACAUGGGCUCCCGUCAUCAGAAGGAAGAAUAUCUCUACGGUGAAGAAUGGGAGGCGUAUCGAGACGCCGGCAUCAUCACCCUUCUUGGUCGCGCUUUCUCGCGUGAUCAGCCGCAGAAGAUAUACAUCCAAGAUCGCAUGCGGGAGACGUUGACGGAGAUCCGGAGGGCUUAUUUGAAGGAGGAGGGGGCGUUUUAUCUCUGUGGCCCUACGUGGCCGGUGCCGGAUGUUACCAAUGUGCUUGAGGAGGCUGUUGUGGUGGAGUCGUUGGCGGAGGGGAAGAAGAAGGAUGGGCAGAAGGAGAUUGAGAGGUUCAAGGAGGAGGGGAGACACGUCGUUACAAGAAGACAAUUCGCCGUCUCAAGCCAGCAAUCAGCUCGCAAAGAUGGGCAGGACAAGGACUCCUUGAACCCUCAGCCAAACGAGUAUUCGAAGAGUGGAUCAGACGAUGCGGCUGCAUUAGGAGACACAGCCUUCGACCCGAGCAACACAUCUCCGGAGGGUCAACACGAGGCUAGUAAACAGCAGAGUGGCGGUGCUAGUGGGCAGGGUGCUGGUGGCGAUCCACUAGAAGUCUCACCAGCGAACAAAGAGAUCUCGGGCCAUCGACCACAGGGUCAGAAGGAACAUGAGGGGAGUUCGUCGCAGUCGGGACAGGGUCCUAGUUCGAGAGAGAGGACGAGUGGGGGUGGUGGGGGGCCGAAGGCGGGUGGAGGGAAGUAUGGCGGUGGGAGUGCGAAUUAG